UAUCCCCGAGUCUCACUGUGCAGCUCGGACUAUGUCCCCACCCUCGAGAUCACCCUCCCUCUCGGGGCUUUGAGUGUGCAUGCUCCCGUCAGAUUCAGGUCUUACCCUACCUUUAGGUGUGACUGGACCGCUCCUGCGUCUGAGGCAAGAUCAGAAGGUUAACCAGGCCCAGAGAGGAGUGUAAAUCCAUGACUUCUGGCCUGUCACCAUGGCGUACAGAUCACGCUUCUCCUUCUGGGAGCAAAAGGCUAAAGUUGAGAACAAAACAGAAUCUGACAGUAGUCAGCCUCAGUCAGUCACUAAUCCUGUCGCAGACACAGCCAGUGGUCCACAACUGACUGCAUCAUCAGCUGAAGGGUCCAAAAGUAACGGUGCCAUGGUGGGACCGGAUACUCCUGAGCAGGAGGAGAGCACUGGUGGUAAAAAGGUGGUACGAGUUGUGAGGAGAGUUGUCAGGCGGGUGGUGCCUGCUGGUACAGAAGAGCAGAGUCAGCCCACAGCAUCGAAUACGACUCUAACAAAACCUAAGGCUGCUGGAGAGGACAAAGAUGACAUAUCUGUGGGACUGGCCAGUUUGAUGGGCAGAGUUCGAACCAAGGAGCACCGACCUCGCACCCGCACUCAGGACCGCAAAGAGGAUACAAAAGAGGAAGUGAAGCAGCAAGAAGAGGAGGAGAAAGAGAAGGCAGAAGAAGAGGAGGUAAAAUCAUCAGUGGAAAAACAAGAAGAGGUCUCAUCUGUUGCACCAACUGCAGCUCCAAACCCAGUGCCACCAAAGGCAAACCCCCUCACCCCUCCACCUGGUUUUUUACCCCCUCCAAAACCAAAUCCUUUGGUACCACCUGCUGGUUUCAUUCCUGCACCCAAACAGAAUCCAUUGACUCCACCACCUGGUUUUAUCCCUGCCAAACUGACCAGCCUAGCACCUUCCAAACAAAAUCUCUUGAUGCGACCUCCAGGGUUCAUUCCUGUUCCAAAGACAGAUCCUCUGGCUCCUCCUGCAGGCUUCAUCCCAAAGCCUCGUCUGUUUGGUAUAAAGAAACCAGAGGUAAAGGAGACGUCUUGCUCCCCUGCGGUGCCCAACGGUAAACCAUCCCCUGCUGCACAGGAGAAUUCUGCUGCAAAGAGGCCCAGAGGCCACAGAGUUUCUCAGUCCAAGGUUGUUGAGGAUCCAGUGGCCAUCCUUCAGGCAGCACACUUGGCUGCAACCAAGGUGAAGACAGAGGAACAGUUGAAGGCAGAAAAGGCCUGGUACGAAACGGAAAAAGUAUGGCUUGUCCACAAGGAUGGAUUUUCUCUGGCCACUCUCUUGAAGACGGAGGCAGGCAGCCUGCCAGAGGGGAAGGUAAAAAUCCGCCUGGAGAGUGAUGGAUCUUUAUUGGAGGUGGAGGAAGAUGAUGUAGAGAAGGCAAACCCGCCGCUGUUUGACCGAGUGGAGGACUUGGCCUCUCUGCAAUAUUUGAACGAGUCGAGCGUGAUGCACUCACUGCGGCAGCGUUACGGCAGCAACCUCCUGCACUCCCACGCUGGGCCCAACAUGGUGGUCAUUAACCCAAUUAGUGCCCCCUCUAUGUAUUCUGAGAAGGUCAUGCAGAUGUUCAAAGGCUGCAGAAAAGAAGACACGGCCCCCCACAUUUACAGCAUGGCGCAGGCUGCCUAUAGGAGCCUCCUUACAACUCGUCAGGAUCAGUCCAUUGUCUUGCUUGGCAAGAGUGGAAGUGGCAAGACCACCAACUGUCAGCACCUCAUCCAGUACCUGGUUACCAUCGCUGGAAGCACCAACAAAUCAUUCUCCACAGAAAAAUGGCAGGCAGUCUAUUCAGUUUUGGAGGCUUUUGGGAACGCUUCGACUUCCCUUAAUGGGAAUGCAAGCCGCUUCUCCCACAUCGUUUCCCUGGAUUUCGACCAGGCAGGCCUGGUGACAUCAGCCUCUGUCCAGACGAUGCUUUUAGAGAAAAUGAGGGUGACGAGGAGACCAGAAGGGGAGUCCACUUUCAACGUGUUUUACUACCUGAUGGCUGGAGUAGAUGGCGCUCUUAGAACGGAGCUGCACCUCAACCACUUUGCUGACAACAAUGCAUUCGGAAUCACGCCGCAGAAUAAGGCAGAGGAUAAGCAGCGGGCCUCUCAGCAGUUUUCCAAACUGCAAGUAGCCCUGAAGGUCCUUGGGAUCAGCGCGGAUGAGCAGCGGGCCCUCUGGCUGGUUCUUGGGGCCAUCUAUCAUCUCGGAGCAGCUGGAGCUACCAAGAGUAAGAUUUAUUUACAUCAAACAAGGAAAAAAAAAAAAAGUAAAACAUUUCUCCCCUUCAUAGUGGCAUCAUUACUC